AUGUCAUCGGUGGGGUGUUCGUGUUAUUCAUUCACCUGGGUUCUCGUGCCUGCACGUGCGAAGCUGUCAUGGUUAUGCAGGGAUUUGUUAGUAGGGAUCAUUUCUACUGGAAAUAAAUUCCAUGGAGGUGCGGUCUUUCUCAAAAUGUGGUAUGCAAUUUUUGUAUUAGUGCUACAAUGGAUUAAGCAGUCCGAAGAAGAGCAACGCUGUGCCGUUGGAACUUUGAGAAGACCUUUUCUCGAUGAAACACUCAAAUUCAAGGCAACAUAUUCACUCUCCAUUUCGCGACAUUUGGAUCAACCUGCAAAAGAAAUCAUGAAGGAAAUGCAGAAGGAAUGUGAAGAAAUGGUAAUACUGUUCUCUGUGAAGCAUACGGCAAACAUCGACGUAAUUGAUAACAAAUGA